AUGCGGUGGACCGAUACUAAGGCCCCGUGGUCUGAUUUUGACCAGCCCUCAUUCUUGGACCCAUUCCCUUUCGAGUUGAGCUGCGAGCAGGCUAAUGUAUCAGACCUCGAUAUGCCUUCGAUACCCUCUUGCGACCCGGUCCUUGACUCCUUCGGUUCUCCGUCGUCGGAUCCGACCAAGGAAGAGAAGGCGAUAAGAUACUUUGUGAAGGCCAGGUCAUCUCGCGCUGGCCCGAAGACAAGAGUCAACACCGCACCCGGUGCUGGAACCGGCUAUGGUGGCUCUGAUAGUGACGCUCCAUUCAAGGGAUCCAAUCAGAAUUCGCUCAAGGACAUUUCUCGAAGUCUUGAUGUCCUCCCCGAGAUGCUCACCGCGCUAGCAAAGGCCUGGCCUUCGACGUCUAGGAAUAGGAGCGCCUUUGACAAGAAACCUCCGCGUCUUCUCGCCGCCAUGACGCGUCGAAGCCCCCUUCUCAUUAAAAUAGCCGAGCUCAUGCAAGACGACUGCAUCGAAGAGAUUAUGCGUCGACCCAAGCUAUACGAUUCAUUGUUCAACUUGCUCCUGGUCUGGAAUCAACGUCACGUCUCACGCUCGCUUUUCGCUAGACCCCGGCCAGAACACCCUUUGGAACAGACGCUCCUGCGGAUUGCAUUCAGAAACACUGGUUUCUCGCUGCAUUCCUGUCCAAGGAUUCUCAACGCAAAGUACGAGGAAAAGCACAACGGGUCGCAGACACUCAAUAUGCUGCCGCCACUCGUCAGCUUGUUCCCUGGUCUAGCCGUCCCGGUUCGCUUUGCCUUAAAGCACCACAAGGAUAGCGACGAGCACGCAAAGCAGGUUCGCGGUGUAUAUGAUCGCAUCUGCAAAUUCGCCGAACAAUAUGAAGCUUCCCAGAAGACCCAUCUCUCCGUUGACGGUGCCACCGCUGUAGGUAAAGAUGAUACGCCCAUCACCAAGAGCUACAGUGCUGGAGAACAACGUGUAGAAGAGCUCAGGCGAAGCCUUUCUGAUAGCCGUGUCGUUGAGGUUGAUGAAAAGGCAUGGCACCGAGAAUACCACUUUGCCAAUGACCUGAGGCGGACCGAGAAGCACACCUCUCCACCAGGUCGCAUGAAGCGCCUCGUGUGGGAACUCUCAAUCCUCCGAACGUCAAUCCCCGAGGGCAUCUUCGUCCGGCACCAUAGCGACCGACUCGAUGUCAUGACUUUUUUGAUUGUCGGACCUACCGGGACACCAUACGAAAAUGGGCUCUUCGACUUCGAUCUCUUCUGCCCCAUGAACUAUCCCCAGAGCCCGCCACAGGUGUUCUUCAGGACUUCUCCGCCCGACCGGAAGUUCAACCCUAAUCUUUACAUCAACGGUCUUGUCUGCUUAUCCCUUCUCGGCAGUUGGGAAGGACCCAGCUGGAACCCCGAGAACUCGACCCUCCUACAACUCCUCGUCUCCCUGCAAGCGAUGGUCUUCACCGAGUCGCCGCUGUGGAACGAGCCAGGCUUGGAAAACACCCUGACGCCGCUGCAUUCGCGGGUGUACAACGUCGAAGUCCGCGCCGACACGACGCGGUACGCGCUGGCCGAGUGGCUGACGAAGCUCAACGGCGGCGAGCUCGAGUCAAGCCCGUGGCGAGAGGUCGUCGCGGCGCACUUUGAGCUGCGGUGGGAGGAGAUCUUGGAGGUUGUCGAGCGGUGGGAGGCGGACCAGCCUGGGGACGAGGUCCGUCUUCCGAAUCAGCGGGAGAAAGGCCAGGAAGGCCUGAAGAGGGCUGCGUACACGACUCACUAUGCUCCCGCGCGGUUUAAGGAGGGUAUUCAGAUGUUGGAAGAGGGGUGUAAACGGUGGAGUGAACGGCCGCGGGUUCGUCUGCCGGUCGUUGUUCCAGAUCACCAGGGGAGCACAUGA